UUCAAGAGUGAGACAAGCAGCUGAUCUUAAAUACUUCUUUUCUAUUCAAAAUAGUAAUUUAUAUUUUAUUCAUUUAAUGGAUCAAAACAAUUAAUGGAUCAAAAGUAUUCAUAAGCUAUGCAGCAAUAUAUCUGAAUUAUAGUUAAUUAUGGAAGAUAACAUACUUCAGCUUGAAUUGCUGAGUUUACAAAACUCUUUGGCGUCCUCCCUCAAUGGAAGUUCUUCGAAUAUAUCGACAACAUCGUCGAGGGAGAACUAUAUAAAGGAAUUGGAAAUCAAAUUGGCCAAACUAGAAGUAAAUGUCUCAACGUAUGCCGAUAAGAUUAAAGAUAAAGACGAGGUUAUUGCCGCCUUGAAAAUGUCCAUUGCAUUCUGUAAGAACAACAAUUACAACAAUGGCAAUAAUAAUAAUAAUAAUCAUAAUGAGUCAUCAUCCCGAUUAUAUGAACUUCAAGCCACCUUGCAUAACAGAGACAAACAAUUGGCGAAUUUACAAUCUCAAAUGCGAGACAAGGACAUUCAAUUCCAGGAAUCUGAAGCGAAAUCAGUAUGUCUUGCAAAUCAAAUUGCCCAAUUAAAAUUCCAUUUACAUGAAUAUGAGGCUAUGAUUAAAUCAACUCCAAAUUCGAAUCAUAUUUUACUAGAAAGUAGACAACUAAUUGCUGCUCGCGAUCGUCAUAUCAAUGAAUUACGUGAAGUGAUCAAAAGUAAAGAGGCUCAAAUAGUUCAACAGGAAUUGAAAUUGAAAGAUCACCAAACCAAAGAUGAUACAUUGCCGGCUAAACUUGAGGAGAAAACCAAUCUUUUAGCCAGCCAAGAGGAAGUUAUUAAAGAACAAACAAAUAGUAUUGCAAAGUUACAAGCACAAAUUGAACAGAAAGAUGAAAAACAACAGGAAACUGAGCAAAUGCUUGCCAAUAUCAAAGCUCAACUCAAAGAAAAUAACGAUAAGCAGACAGAAACGCUUCUGAAAGAGGCCAACGGCAAAAUUAAUGGCUAUACGAAUACGAUCAAGCAGCUUAAACAAAAUAUAACCGAUCUACAGAAGACCAUCAAGAAACUUCAAGCCAAUGUCGGUCGAAUGGUAAUCGAAGCUGAUAUUCAAGCCCAAAGGGAUAAUACUGGUGUCAUAACAAUCAAAUGUAAUGCUGGUUGGAAUCUUUUCUAUCGUGUCACUGCCGUUUCCGAGAUGUACAACAGUCUUGUGAAUUUAAAUUUCGAUACAUCGGCCCAUCCACAUGAAAUGUAUGUCCACCUCACAGAUUUCAAUGGCAACAAUUAUCGUGCUCAUUACGAUCUAUUCGUUGUGGGCAGUAAAUCGGAAGAAUAUAAAUUGAAAAAGUUGGGCAAAUAUACAGGUGAUGCUGGUGAUGGUAUGCGGUCCUGUUUGGGUAACGAUUUUCGUACAGUUGAGUUCAUUACCCUUGGACCGUUACGCAAACGUAUUCUUAGAUGCUGGGGACUUGUCACCGAUGAUGAAUCCGAGGAUUGUAAUAUGUAUGCGAGAACUACUCCAGAAAGUGCCAAUGUCCUGACAUGGAUGGGUAAAAAAUAUAAAAUUGCCAUCAUGUUUUUUAGGCCAAAAAUUGUUAUUAUACAUACAUAAACAUAGAAUCAUGGAGGGAUCAACUAAUUUUUUUUUUAUCUUUUCGCCAAGUUAAUGGUCCAAGUGGUCGUCUAAGUAUGAUAAAAAAAUGUCAACAAUGUAAUUUACUACAUUUUUGAAGUCAACAAAAAAAACUUUUAAUGGAUAUACCAAUGUUUAGAGCCGAUAAGAUAUAGGAUUUAUUAAGUUACAAGUGCUAUAUAAAUAUAUAUCGUUUUUUUUUUUUUUUUUUUUUUUUUUUUGAGCAUUACGACAUUACCUUUUUAAUACCAACGUCAAAAUAUUCCAUUUUUAAUAUU